GUCCGUUUCUCAGUCUUCUCUCUGAUGCGGGUAGCAAGUGACGAUCGAAUGGGUAUGCCAGAUAUGGCAGAUACGCCUCGUCAUGCACUGACGUUGAAAAUAGUGGCGUGAUGCGAUGGAAUUUCGAUCGAUUACAACUUGGCUCUACCGAGCCUUGGCAUAAAUAGUAGUCAGUCACACGGCAGACGUGUACGGCCUGACGUCAAGGUCCGGGCAUUUUGAUAACGCAGUGUUACACAUUGCCAACCUUUAAGCGCACACGCGAGUCCGAUCUCGGUGGACUCUUUCUUAAAAUAUAAUUACUCGAUGAACUUUGACCAUCGUGAGACAAUCUUUUGUGCCAGACAAUCAGUUUGAUCUCUGCAGUCGAUGUAUCAUUGUUAGUUUCGUCUCAUUCGCAUUUUGUCAUACACCGUUUUCAAUUUGUUCAUAUAUAUAUAGUGUUUGUGCGAGCCGUCAAAAAUCGAGCGUAAUAACGCUCGAUUUUAUUAAAGAUUAAAGGGAUGCUAUCAAAAUGGAUCAUUUUUAAUUGCAUUGUCUGCGUAAUCGCUCUUCCGCUGAAUGACAAUCUCUCGGAAGCCGAUAUCAAAGCUUUCUUACAAUUAAUUGAAUUGGAUUACGAAGAUGCGUGUUACAGUACUGCCAAUAUUCAGUGGUCGUUUAUUAUGUCACCAUCCAACGAAACACUAUCAAAAUGGGAAGUACAACAGAAUAGUUAUGCGGAAUCGAUCAAAACGUGGAAAAAUGAAGUAAUUAAUAAAACAAGGAAUAAAAUAACAGAACAGCUCGAUCCAUCUCUUCAAUAUAAAUAUGAUGUAAUUAAAAAACCAGGCGAUACACUGCUACAAGACAAAGACUGGGAGAAACUUAUACAUUUUGCUGGCCUGAUGGAACUGCAACAAUCGACCAUUAGUUAUACGAAUAAAUCGCAGACCUAUUCACGAGAAGAUGUGGAAUAUUUGCUCUCACAUAGUGGAAAGUCCGAGGAUAAACAAACUGCUUGGAAGGCUUGGCAUCAUCAAUUACUGCCACUAGUUACAAAUUAUUCAAACAAUUUGCCACUCGUUGCUAAAGCUGCAAAGGAAAACGGUGUCAAAAAUGUUAGGGAAUACUGGGAGAUGCUGUCAGGACACCAUGAUGGAUAUAACAAAAUAAAUAAUGAAUGGAGUCGAAUUAAUAAUCUUUAUAAGAAGAUUGUAAAAUUUAUCAGUUCAAAUUUAGCUCAAAAGUAUGAAUUUACUAUAAAUGACACAAUUCCUGCUUAUUUACUUGGUGGUUUACAAAGAUAUGACUGGACGGAUAUUUCAUCGGAUGUUCUACCCCAUUCAGAAUUAAUCUAUGAUAUUAAAAAGAAUCUUUGGAAAAAGAAAUAUUUUGGAAAGUCUCUCUAUAAAACUGCAUCUAAAUUGGGUUCCAUACUAUUUAAACAAGUUCCACAAGCAGAAUUUUGGGAUAAAAGCGAAUUCAACCAAAGUUGUCCUUCCAGAUUGUUAAAUUUUUGUCAAGAUGGUACAAUAAGAGUGUCUACUUGUUCUAAAGCCACUAUGAGGAAUUUCUUGAAAGCUCACGAAGAUAUGGGGAAAAUCCUAUUUAAUCAAAUGACUGUAGAAAGCACUCCUAUUCUUAAUACAAUUAACAGAUAUUCGGGAUUAGAAGAAGGCAUAUCAACAUUAUUUGGAAUAUUAUCAGCGAGCCCUGCAUGGUUGAAUCAUACUCAUUUGAUGAAUAGUGUUGAUAAUGAGCAACGUAUGAUUGCGUCUUUGAUGAUAACUGCCUUAAAUGUACUUCCACGAUUAGCAUAUUAUUACUCUGCAGAUCUUUGGAGAUUAAAUGCAAUUCAGGAAAAUAUUACUAAUCCUACGGAUUUGGUAUCGUCCUGGUGGAAUUAUAGGGAAAAAUAUGAAGGUGUCUCUUCUGUCGAUACAAAUAAUCCUACUUUCUUGGAUGACAUUCAUAUUAUUACGAAUAAACCAUAUCUUCCCAAUAUCCUUGGCAUAAUGGUAUCUUUCCUAUUAUAUGAAUACACUGUAGACUCGACUGAAGUCAGAUAUGACGACAUUGAUGGAAAAUUGCUAAACGGCAAUAUAAUAAAAAUGAUUCAACAGGGCGGAGCCAAUCAAUGGCCAGAUAGUUUGGACAAAUUUUUAGAUUUAGAUGAUAUAACCGCGGAUGCUCUCCUUUCUUACUUCGCACCGUUAGAAGAAUUUAUUGAAGAGAAUGAAAAAGCGUUUGAGUACAAAUCUGGAGCAACAGCGGAUAAAGAACUCGAAGAAUUAGAAAAUAUCUUGCAAGAGAUCAACACUCUUAUUACGACGUCACAACCGAUCAUCAAGAUAAGCAGUACGACAGAGGCUACGUCAUCACCAAACAAGAUAGCAAGUAAUACGAAAAACAUGCAGGCAAAAGUAGAAAAAUCUUUAGAGUCUAAAUCUUCCAUGUACGUUCGAGAAGAUAAAGUAAAAAAUUCUGGCCCAAAUUUACCGACCAAUGGUUCCUCGGAUAAAUCGUCAUUGAACUUCGAUACACAUGUGGAGGAUACACAAGAUAACACACCUAAAGUAAGCACUAGCAAAGCGGUAUGGGCAAUAAGCGCAGUUCUUAUAGCGUUAGUUGUCAUUUGUAUCAUUGCGAUUUUCGGAAGACGAAGAUGUCGUAAAACGCCAAAAAAGACGAUAUGUUUAGCACAGUACAUACAUUUUGUUAUUUAAAAACAUAUUUAUUUUUCGCAUUUAGUCGCUAAGAAAAUUUCAUCAUGUGAAUUAUCACAAACAGCUCAAGUAGCAAACUGAUGUCAAUAAAUGUCAAAAUGACGUAUGCUUCCUA